AUGGUUACAACCACCGAGACCGGUGUUACAUUCUGGGAAAUACAAGGGAUGAAUGUCACUCGUAUAAAAGAUAUUUCUAUGUUUAAGCCCGUGAUAUGCAAAUAUAAUGUUGAUUUCUGUAUAAUAAUAGUAACGGCAGUCGUUAAUAAUGAGUGCAAGUUGUUUGUUGUGUCACUUGAUAAUGGCGAUUUAUCAUAUAUCAUCGACUCCAAAACAACAAUUUUGAUGAACUCAAAAAUAUACGCGAGUGAUAAUUUGAAAAAUAUUGCAAUAACACUUAGUGAUAAAAUAACAGUGAUGAGUAACUAA